UUCUGCGCAAUUGAAGACAACAGUUCCAAGCCAGAGGCUGUCCUAAAUACUAAGGCUGAAAUGUGCAGCUUCCUCCCCAUUCACUCUUACUCUUUUGAUCUGAAGAUUUUCUUAUAAACUAAUAAGCAUCAGGCUUAGAAAAAGAAAAGAAAGGAAGGAAGGAAAAGAAACCAGAAAUGACUCGUUGCUACCAAUAAUAACCUUCUAUCACAGAGAAGACUUCACUUUUCAGCAUUUGUCUACAGUGCAAAGAGGGGGGAAGAUAUCAAACUACAAAUGAAAGCUGUUUACAACUUGAGCUCCUCCAGAACUGAUAUCAACUGCACCAGCAACAACCAAUUCAGUAAAGUUCUGUUCCCCGUGCUCUAUACAAUUCUGUUUCUUGUGGGCAUUGUCAUGAAUGGCCUGGCAAUGUGGGUUUUUUUCCAAAUCCCCAGUAAAUCUAAUUUCAUCAUCUUCCUUAAGAAUACAGUAAUUUCGGAUAUCUUCAUGAUCCUGACCUUUCCAUUCAAAAUUCUUAGCGAUGCAAAACUGGCACCUUGGAGAUUGAGGGGAUUCGUCUGUCGGGUGUCCCAAGUCAUAUUUUACUUCACCAUGUAUAUCAACAUUUUGUUUCUGGGUCUAAUAACUAUUGACCGCUACCAGAAAACUGUCACACCAUUUAAAACAUCAAACCACCUUCUUGCCACGAAGAUUCUGUCUGUGGUCAUUUGGAUAGCAAUGUUUGCUCUCUCCCUGCCUAACAUGAUUUUGACAAAUAAGGAACAGACACGUGAAAAAGUGAAGAAAUGCGCUCUCUUGAAAUCCGAUUUUGGGUUAACAUGGCAUGAAAUUGUGAACUACAUCUGCCAAUUAAUCUUCUGGGUUAAUUUGAUUAUCAUAGUGGUAUGUUACAUGCUCAUAAGUAAAGAACUGUACAAAUCAUAUAAGAGAACAAAAUGCACAGGGAAAGUUUCUAGAAAGACAGUAAAUUUGAAAGUUUUUAUUAUUAUUGCAGUGUUCUUUAUUUGUUUUGUUCCAUUCCAUUUUACCAGAAUCCCCUACACCUUGAGUCAAACAAGAGAUGUUUUUGAAUGCUCUGCUCAAAACACAUUGUUUUAUAUGAAAGAGAGCACCCUCUGGUUAACAUCUCUAAAUGCCUGCUUAGAUCCAUUUAUCUAUUUUUUCCUUUGCAAAUCUUUCAGAAAAUCCUUGCUCAAUAUGUUACACAAACAGGUGCCUUCAGAGCUUGGAACAAAAAUUAAAGAGCAUACUGACGGAGAUAGUUCUGAGGAGACUCCAGUGUAGAGCGGAGAUACAUAAAACAUUGCUAUUUAGUCUACUUAUUCCUAUACUAAUCAUUUCAAUUCUACUUCCAAUAAAGUCAAAGGUUAAAAUUUCACUUGCUUCCUUGGGAACUGAAAAAGCAUUCUCUACUUAAAUCAGACAAACUGGAACAGAGGAACUACUGAUAAUGGCCACAGUUCAGUAAAAUGCUUAAAGUAUUAUUUAACUUUAAGCCUAAGUAGUCUCACUGAAGUCAAUGAGACAACUCACAUCCUUGAAUUAAAACAUAUGCAUGUAUUCUUUGCUAGAUCAUAGACUAUACGCUUACUACAGUAAUUAUAAAGAAGAUGCUAUCUUUUUAGUCAUGGAAUGCUGGAGAAUAAUUUAUUAAUUGUGAAUUUUUUGCAGAGAGAAGGUGAAAUCCUAGCUGCAACACAAUUAAUCUUUAAACCUACAAUCUGCAAAAUGCUAUUAAAGAAAAGAAGGGCUAACUAUACAUUUAUUAACAGGAAGCUAUUAUUUUGCCUCCAAACGUCUAACAAUUAAAAACAAGGAAGAGUAUGUAUAAGCUAUUUGCAUUGAAUUAUAGCAUAUUAACAAAGUUUUGAUUACUGUAUUCACCUUUGGAAUAUUACUGACCAUUUAAAUAAUUGUAUUAAGUAAAAAACACUGCUGUUUCAUAAGCAAAUUUAUCUUAACUUUAUUUAACCCUGUAAAUCCCUCACAAUAUGGUAUGAAAGACCAGCAAAAGAACUAUGGUCUUACAGAGAACAGUAUAUAAAUACAUAUGAUUUUUGAAAAUAAAGCUAAAAACUCAUUUUGCAAAAAAUGCCUGGGACUCAGUUGGAGGCAGCACUGAACAGAUUAAAAUAAUACCAAGUAGUAGUAAGGUCAGUUUUGUUUCCAUUAUUCCAGAGUUCUAUUUUCUCUGUUUACUGAGAUUUGCUACACAUUUUUUAUUUGGAAAAAUGGAAAUAUCAGGAAUGCAGCUUUGACAACAGUAUAAAUAAAUUCCAAGAGCACAGGGCUUUAGGUAGAUAUAAAGUAACUGCUGCUACACUAUACUGCUAGUGCAAAUACUAACCAGACUCCCCCUCUGAACAUUACCAUGGACAUUUCAGCUAUUACUCUCUGUAUCUGUUCACUCAUAUACUAUUUUCGCAGAGAACUUACAAUAUUAGGCCUGUUUUAUAGCUUAUUCUCUUGUUUGGGGUAAAACAUACAUUUAACAUAAUUCAAUAAAGAUAGUUUUGUGUGUCAUAAUUAAAGCAUCCUAGCAACUAAGAAAGUGUGACUGUGUUAUAUCAUGGACAACAUGAAACCAGUUACUGAACAGACUUUGUAACUAGCAUAGUUACUCAUGGAAGCAUCUGUUGGUCUUGGCAGCUAGAAGUGCAUUUCACUGAAUCCUU